AUGCCCCCCCAUGUGUUGUCCAAUGUUUUCAAGACAAGGACAAAGAGACCUUCAAUGUCCAUGGACACUUUGAAAGACCUUUCGAAAGCCUUGAAUGCCACUGCCUACAAGAAUAUGAUGGUGAGGCAGGAGCCGGACAUCGAGACGGCUACGUGGAGCGAGACGGAAGAAGAGGUCAACAAAGGAGCCAGGUGCAAAGCAGAUCUGCGCACCCCCCGCAAAAUGAAUCGCUCAGAGCAGUCUCGCGUGCAGCGUGAAGCCCCGGAUCUUGAGCGCUGGCGUGGUGAACUGGCUGAACUCAUCACGGAAGCGCGUUUGCCACUUGCCAUCCAGGCACAGCAGUGCAGAGGUCCUCAGAAGCUGGUGGCAGCAGCCCUUGGGGGAAUGCGCGCUGCAACCAUCAGACAGCGCAUCAGUGGCGAAAACUCCGUGCUUUCUGUCUUGGCGUGGUUGAACUGGCAUGGCCGCCCCACCUGGGCAUCGUGUUGGACUACUUGCAAGAACGAGUUGCUGAACCCGGUUUUGAACAAAUUCGUGAAGCAAAGCAAAAUGGAUUUGGAAGGGGGUGCCCCGGCAACUAAGAAAGCUCCCUUGCUGCCGAUCAAGUUGAUUGGUGCCUUGGAAUUGCUCGUUGUUGACGUUUCGCAACAGCGCUAUAUGUCCGUGGACUUGCUUUCUACAAGUAUGCGACAACCAGAGAGGAACUUCGUCGGGCCCUGGAGCAUCGAGUCCUCGGCAGACGAGUACCUUCGCACAUCUCAACAAGUUUUGACUGGAUUGCAAGAGCAGUUAGUGGAAGCGCUGCGGGGCCCUGACCGGUGGGGCCUACGUGGGGCGGGGCUUGAUGACUUAGCGCAGCAUAUUGUCAACAAAGGCGGGAACACCGCAAUGGCAGAAAUGCAGCGACGCCUACUGCUAUUGGACCCAGCAUUUGCACCUGGUCUUGGAGUCCAGCCAGUUUUCUCGGAGCCUGUGGAUACGUUGCCCCCAACAGCAGAGGAGGCUUUGGACCCAGACCAGGUUGCCAGCCCUUACUUUGUUACUGUGGUCGGCAGCAAGUGUCUUCGUCGCUUGCACCGCAAAAAGGGCUGUGGGGUCUCUGCCAUUCACGUCCAAGCAUCGGAGGACGUUUGGUGCAUGUUUAUGGGUGUGCCGCGAGCACAUGUGAUUCUACGUUUGUGGGUGCUGGGCCCAUCUUCACACGUUUGUGCACAGCAGGCGUCAGUGCUGACACCCAGGAAAAAAUACAAGGAGGGCUUUGACACGUUGUUAUUUGCGAGGCUUGAUGAAACCACUGCCGGUGUACGCGCAGCCUUGAAGCAGAUGGGGUUGGAUGCUGAGGCAAGUCUUCCGAUACGCAAAGAAGGUCGCUUGCGUGAUAAAGAGGCACCCAGCAAGAGCCUGGUUGCUUCCAAGCUUGAGCAGCUUGAAGAUGGGGCGCCUGUGCCAGAGGAUCUCAGAGAAGCAACAUCUUUGGCGCAGGUUGUGUUGUUGGUUCUGAGAGCGAAGGAGGAGCAGUUGGUCCCAGGGCAGUUUGUUGUCGCAAUGGCGCAGUUGUGUGACAAUCAAGGAUGCGAUGUUCACCUGAGCUACUGCGAUUCUGGAUCCGCUCUUUCGGCUUUGAACAUGUUAGUCUGCUGCUUUAUUUUCAAACAGGGCAUCGCUCAGUACCUAAGUUGUAUCGUGGAAACGCACGUUGCAAAAAUCGACGUGACUAGACCUUCCGAUUGCGCGGUGGUACAGCUUGUUGUGAAGUUGCCCAUGUCGCGGUGGACGUUUUUCUUGGUGCUCCUGCUUGGGAUUUCAACCGGUGACGCUCACAAAGCACCGCUGGAGCACCUCCGCGCAAAUCUGAAAGGUCCCUUGGCAGCAGUGUGCCUGGCGGGGGUGUUGCGGUGUGCCGCUGUGCGCCCCAGAUUACCAAAGAAAAACGCAGGCUUCCUGGAGCGGGGCUGGAUGGUAGGUGGCAGGAGUAUUGGAGCGUGUUUUGCAGUCGCCUUUGGUGUGGAUGAAUUUGCGCAAGUCAAGAGUGGUCCCGGCAAGCGUUCCUUUGCGAUGCGACGUUCACCUGAGCUACUGCGAUUCUGGAUCCGCUCUUUCGGCUUUGAACAUUUUAGUCUGUACCUAAGUUGUAUCGUCGAAACGCACGUUGCAAAAAUCGAUGUGACUAGACCUUCCGAGUGCGCAGUGGUACAGCUUGUUGUGAAGUUGCCCAUGUCGCGGUGGACGUUUUUCUUGGUGCUCCUGCUUGGGAUUUCUACCGGUGAUGCUCACAAAGCACCGCUGGAGCACCUCCGCGCAAAUCUGAAAGGCUUCCUGGAGUGGGGCUGGAUGGUAGGUGGCAGGAGUAUUGGAGCGUGUUUUGCAGUCGCCUUUGGUGUGGAUGAAUUUGCGCAAGUCAAGAGUGGUCCCGGCAAGCGUUCCUUUGCGUUCCGAGAAGGAUGCGACGUUCACCUGAGCUACUGCGAUUCUGGAUCCGCUCUUUCGGCUUUGAACAUGUUAGUCUGCUGCUUUAUUUUCAAACAGGGCAUCGCUCAGUACUUAGGCUGCAUCGCGGAAACGCACGUUGCAAAAAUCGACGUGACUAGACCUUCCGAUUGCGCGGUGGUACAGCUUGUUGUGAAGUUGCCCAUGUCGCGGUGGACGUUUUUCUUGGUGCUCCUGCUUGGGAUUUCAACCGGUGAUGCUCACAAAGCACCGCCGGAGCACCUCCGCGCAAAUCUGAAAGGUCCCUUGACAGCAGUGUGCCUGGCGGGGGUGUUGCGGUGUGCCGCUGUGCGCCCCAGAUUACCAAAGAAAAACGCAGGCUUCCUGGAGCGGGGCUGGAUGGUAGGUGGCAGGAGUAUUGGAGCGUGUUUUGCAGUCGCCUUUGGUGUGGAUGAAUUUGCGCAAGUCAAGAGUGGUCCCGGCAAGCGUUCCUUUGCGUUCCGAGAAGGAUGCGACGUUCACCUGAGCUACUGCGAUUCUGGAUCCGCUCUUUCGGCUUUGAACAUGUUAGUCUGCUGCUUUAUUUUCAAACAGGGCAUCGCUCAGUACCUAAGUUGUAUUGUUGAAACGCACGUUGCAAAAAUCGAUGUGACUAGACCUUCCGAGUGCGCAGUGGUACAGCUUGUUGUGAAGUUGCCCAUGUCGCGGUGGACGUUUUUCUUGGUGCUCCUGCUUGGGAUUUCUACCGGUGAUGCUCACAAAGCACCGCUGGAGCACCUCCGCGCAAAUCUGAAAGGUCCCUUGACAGCAGUGUGCCUGGCGGGGGUGUUGCGGAGUGCCGCUGUGCGCCCCAGAUUACCAAAGAAAAACGCAGGCUUCCUGGAGCGGGGCUGGAUGGUAGGUGGCAGGAGUAUUGGAGCGUGUUUUGCAGUCGCCUUUGGUGUGGAUGAAUUUGCGCAAGUCAAGAGUGGUCCCGGCAAGCGUUCCUUUGCGUUCCGAGAAGGAUGCGACGUUCACCUGAGCUACUGCGAUUCUGGAUCCGCUCUUUCGGCUUUGAACAUGUUAGUCUGCUGCUUUAUUUUCAAACAGGGCAUCGCUCAGUACCAGGGUGUCCUUGCUUGUGUCAUCGUUGCCGCCGCAUCUUGUUUGGAUCCAGCGGGAAAUCUGGCUCCUCGCUCAGACAUUGCAUUGUUGCUGCGCGUAUGGGAAAGCGCACGUACCCAGUUGUCUGUGCAAGAGAAGAAUCGCCAAGAGUCCAAGCUGGGCAUGCAACAGCGCAUUGUGCAGCCGUCGGAUUAUGCAACCAUGCGCAGCGCUGUGGAAGCCAAGCAUGGUAGACUGAAGGAUCGUGAGGCCCCAAGCAAAGGCAUGAUAGCCUCCAAACUUGAGCAAGUGGAAGAUGGGGCGCCCAUUGCCGAGGAUCUCCGCGAAGUGACGUCUUUUGCAGAUUCAGAAGUCGAGGCCUACAACGGGAUCAUCGAUCCGUCGAUGGGGUUCUUGCGGAUUCGUCCAGGCAAGACGACCACGACGCCGCCAAGCACACCGGAAGAAUUGCGGCUCCGCCACAGGCGACCAAGUUCUUCAAAGGAAGCCAGUGACUACCGCGGACGCAGCACCGCCAACAAAAUCGUCACGACCCAGUUGAUCGCACUGACGUGGCCUUGGGAGCGACGUCCAUUAGGUUGCAGUGCCAUUCUCAGCCUUGGACUGAGAUAUAUUCCAAUUGAGAAUGCAGAAGAGAGACAGAAGAAAGAAUUGGAACAGAAGGAGACUUGGUCAAGGGAAUUGUUCAAGGAGCUCAAGCGUAUAGAUGCACCAGCCUUAAUGCAUUUGGAGCACUGCGUUGAUCAGAAACAUUUGCACCUUGCACUUGCAGGCAAGACUAGGCACAACACCUUGAAACGUUACAUCAAGACUUGGAGAUCGUUUUUGCAGUGGCUUACAGCUGUGCGUGGUUCAGUUGCCAGUCCUGAAAUAGGUGAUUUGGUGGAGUAUCUUUUCACGAGAUAUGAGGAGCCGUGUGGAGCUACAGUGCCUCCACUCAUUGUCAAAGCUGUGGUUUGGUUGGAACGGAUUGCAGACAUUGAUCCACGUGAAAGGAUUGGUGACUCACAGGUUGUUUGUUCAGUCAGGGAUUAUUUGGUGGAAAUGCUCUCCAAGGACAAGCCUCCGACUCAGCGUGCACCGCGUUAUCCACUGGUGAUGAUGGAAGCAUUUGAACAUGUUGUUGAAGAUGAUAGUCAACGCAUUGGUUUCCGUUUGGUUGCAUGGGUAAAGUUGGUCAAACUUUGGGCAACAUUACGUUGGGACGAUGUGCAGAAAAUCAUCCCGAAGGAACUCAAGUUUUAUGGAGGGCGCAUGACGACCAUUUUGAGAACAACCAAGACGACGGGACCAUCGAAACGGGUUCAGGAGCUUCCUGUCUGCAAAGAUGAAUUUAUCAUACAUCCUUUGCUUGCUCCAUUUUGGACAGAGCAUUCAGAACGUGCUACGUUACCAACUGGCCUUGCUCUUCUACGUGCACAACGUGAAGAGCGUGACAUGCUAGGACGCUGGAAGCCUGAUGGGUCUGACACUUAUGUCAGGAUGUACAAUGGAGUCAUUGCAAGAUUACAACUUCAGUUUGCAAAGACGGCGAGGGCUCAAGAACGUCACAAGGUUUUGGAUGAGAGAGACAUUGUUGAGAGUGCGAUGUCAUGGAUUUCAGAAAGGUGUGAGAAUUUGCCGGAGGAAGGGAUUGACAGGAUCCUCCAGCACUUCGAGGAAUCGUUGGCCUCGCCCAUACUGGCGGACUGGACUGAAAUAGGUGACACAGAACAUGUGGAGACAGUGCAUGAAGAGACAUUGACUGGGUUUGCAGACACGGAGUGUAAGGCAGCAGAUUCGAGCAAUGUUACAAAGGAGAAACGUGAACCGAUGUUUGUUGUUGUCAACAAUGGAAAGAAGUGCAAACGUUUGCAUAAAAGUCGUAGUGGUUGCUGGAUGGGAAGAGAGAUCAAUUUUAAAUCAGCUACGGAGUAUUUCACCAUGCCUGAGGAGAUUGCUCUGCAGGAAGCGUUGAAAAGGGGCAGUUCAGACCUGAAGUUUAUCCUCACGAGGAACGACGUGUCGAACGAGUUACAGGCUGGCUUCUAUAGAAAUGAUGUGACAUCGAUACAAAAGUUUUCAUCCUUCUUCAGAUCGGAGGAUGAUUUGGUCAGAGUUUUGAGAGCCGAGUUCAACACGGAUGCAGAUACAAGUUUACAAGCUAGAGCACAGGUAGCAGCAGUGAUUUGUGCUUGGCGCGAAACACAGACGCGUCAAAAGAGACAGGUGGAGGUAGAGGCUGAGAUGGAGACACGUGAAUGGACAAAACCCAUUCCGACUGGAGACUAUAUCAACAUGCGAAACGCCUACAUGAAGGUGCAUGGAAGGUUGGAAGACAAGGUGACUCCUUCUAAGGAGUAUCUAGAGAAGAAGCUGCAGGAGUUGGAGAAUGGGGAGUUCAGGGCCGAGACAAUGGCCGAAGUAGUUUCGAAGGAUGAGGUGGAUCCUGACGUGAUGAUACCAGUGUUUGAUGCGAAGGGGAGCCUUUCAGUCAGAAAAGGGGCUUCUACAAUUCCUUUGCCUACAGGACCUGAGCAGCUUAGACGUAGGCUGUCGGUCAUGGUCAAUGCAAUCCUCAUGUUGGCCAUCAAGCAUCCCAACAGGGAGGAGAUCCAGGACGUCACACGUGAUCUUUUCGAACGAUACAAGGACUAUGUUUUGGGUGACUAUGUGUGGGGACUUUCAUCAACUGAUUUGCAUGGGAAUCAAGUGCAGACCCCACCUUGGGCACUGGUGCUUUCUUACGAGCAAGCCAUACGUAAGAGGGCGUAUGCAUUGAUGGUGACAGAUCAUUUACAAUUUGGGAAAGCCUUGGAACAAGCUUGGAAGUGCCCUACGACCAAGGAACGUCACUUCAUCACUCCGCUUGCACUUUACAGCAAGAGAUCCUAUCCGCAGCAGAACUGGGGAGAGUGGAAUCCCAAAGGUAAGGGGAAGAACGGAAAAUCCUCAAGUGCAAAGGGCAAGUCGAAGGGCAAAGGAAGUGGUGUUACACCGGAUGGUACAAAGAUCUGUUUUCGUUUCAAUCAGGGAAAGUGCAGCUACCAGAAGUGCAAGUUCUCACAUGUUUGCAAUCGAGGUUUCAAGAAGGGACACAACGCCCUGAAUUGCAAAGAGGAGAAGAGCCCCCCGGACACGUUGAAAUGGUCGACAUACAAGUGCGGCCGUUCUUGGGCCUCACACAAAAAGAAGUCCAACAGCCUAAGUAGACUCACAUGGGCCGAGCGCAAAAGAGCGUUGUGGGGGAACACUAUGGCAGACUUCACUUUCAAGGGCUUUGAGCUGCAAGCGAAACAACAGGGCAUUGCAAUUUUUGAAAACCCGGAGGACCUGGGAGCCAUGCGCAGCGGAGAAAACUAUGGAGUUAGGUGGGACAUCGACAAAAGAGUUUGGAGUCAAAAUGGUUUUUGGACAGAGUUGCGCAGCGAGACAUUAGAUUUGAUACUACAACACCUGGGGGAUGACAAGAAGCUGGAUCGUGCUUGUUUUGAGAUGGCGGUGAAAGGGGAGCAGGGAUGUGAUAUAAUCUGCGACGAGGUCCUCAAAGACAGCAUCAGAAAACUCUGGGUUAGGAAGCUACAACAGCACGGUAGCACUCAAGAGGACCUGGAGUUCAAAGCGCCGGGGCAACCUUUUUACUUAAGGCUUCUUAAGGAGCUACUUGCUUUCUCUGGUGAUGUGGAUAGAGAAUUCUUGAUGCAGGGAGAGCGAGGCUUUCCGGUAGGGGUGGACAUACCGCUCCCAAGAACUCCACACGUUUUUGAAGAGCAGACAACAUGGAAGCUGGAAGAUGACCCGCACAUGCAGGAGGAGGUUUGGAGAUCCAACUAUCAGUCUGUAGAGGCCCACCAGAGCUUUGUUAGACAGCAAUUUGAGGAGGAAUGCAACGAGGGCUUGAUGGAAAGGCUCACACUGGAAGAGGCAAAGCAAAAAUUUGGUGGCCGUUUAGCUAUAUCCUCGCUGGCAGUGUUGGUGGAAGAAAACCACCAAGGGAAGCGGCGGGUCAUCCAUGAUGCGACCCAUGGUACAAAGGUCAACAAUCGUAUCAGGUGCAGAGAUAAGGUGAGGAGUCCAAGCGCGAGGGAGAAACAAUACUUGUUGGCCUAUUUCCAGAUGCUCAGGGCCUCGGUUUUCAGUCUUGUAGGCGAUAUCAGCAAAGCUCAUAGACGUUUCCUUCAUGCACCCGAAGAACGUGGUCUCUUAGCGUGUCGUGUGAGCGAUGAGGAUCCCUAUAUAUAUGUAAACAAUGUGGGCACAUUUGGACUGGCAUGUGCUUCUUACUGGUGGUCAAGGAUAGCGGGGUCUGGCGUUAGGCUGGUACACGAACUCUUGGGGCCACAGAUGCCGAUCGAGCUUUUGAUUUUUGCGGAUGAUGUUGAGGCCAUAGCUGCUAGCCCUAGUGGACGGAGGGGCAUUACACUGGCCUUCCUCUUUCUUUCUUGUUUGGGUUUCCCGUUCAAGUGGGCAAAGCAACGUGGUGGUUUGCGCGUUGAGUGGAUAGGUCUGUAUACAGACUACACCACUUACAAGCUUGGGCUCUCCCCAAGGAGAGCUGACUGGAUGUGCAACUGGGUUUUAAAGCUUGCAAAAGAAGGCAACACCACAGCAAAAUUUUUCGAACAAGGCUUGGGGCGAUUGGGCUUUGCGGCACUUGCACUACACUGGGAGAAACCCUUCCUGGGGCCGCUCUACAGUUGGGCUGCGGCUACAAGGAACAAGAGGGGACAACUGAAGUUGCCGGCAAUGCUCAGGGCCAUAUUACUUUUUCUUGCACGAAGGUUCAAAGAAGGAGGCCAAUUGCAGGAACCUCCACCCUUGAAAGUUGAAGGUGAAGUGGAAGAGGAGUUGCUCUUCUUCACGGAUGCGAAAGCGACAGAAGAUGGAGCCUGGAUAGGUGGAUACCAACAAGAUAAGCAUGGCAAAAUUUUGGCUUGGUUCUCUGAAGAGAUCACGGCUGACUGGGCCGGCUGGUUGAAACUUAGAAAGGAUCCGAAGCGACUGAUUGCCUCCUUGGAACUUCUUGCAACCCUUGUAGCUGUCAAACUUUGGAUGCCGUACUUUCCAAAGGGCUCGAAAGCAAAGUGUUGGAUCAGGGGCAAAACAGACAAUUUGGGGAACUCAUAUGCGGUGGCGAAGUGGAUGAGCACCAAGUUCCCGCUCACGGUACUGGUGAUGGAGCUCUCGGAGCCUGGACUGGAUGAUCCUAACUUCAGUACAAAAGCCUUGCAAAACGCACAGAAACGAUCAUGGCAAGAUCAACUGAACUAUGAACGGAAAUGCGCCUACAGAAAGUGGAUCAGUAUUGUUUCUUCCAACCCUAUGGCAUUUGAGGUGGCGAGGCAACAGAUAUUGUCUGGCCCCAUGGAGUUUGCCAAAGGAGGGUUGGCUGAAUCGAUCGGCGACUCGUUGGGAAACAAGUCAUCAAGCACUCUUCAUUCGAGGGCUGGUCCGUUGCUGAGAUUUUUGAAAUUUUGUGCUGACAGAGACUUGAGGGCUUUUCCAUUGGAAGAGUACCGGGUCUACGACUACGUCAAGUCGGUUGCUGACACUGCUCCGAGUUAUCCGAGGUCUUUCAUGCUGUCCAUUAGUUUUGCAACACAUGUUUUGGGUUUGCUUGGAGGCCUCGAAGUUUGCAGUUCGAAGAGGAUUGAUGGUGCAGUCAAGUUACACUAUGAGAAGCGUGCAAAGGUGCGACAACGGCCUCCUCUGACUGCUGAUCAGGUCAGAACCUUGGAAAGGGUUGUCACCAGUUCCAACAAGAGCGUUUACGACCGGGUCAUGGCUGGUUAUUUUCUCAUGUUGUUGUACGGAAGACUGAGAUUUUCUGAUGGCCAACGUAUCACUGGGAUGCGCUUGGAAUUGGUGCACGUUGAUUCAAAGCCUGUGGGGUUUUUGGAAUGCGCUGCUGAGCAUACAAAGACCAGCAUCAGCUUGGAGCGUAAGGUUAGGUACCUUCCAAUUGCCAUUCCAGUCCAGUGCUUGACCGAGCCUGCAUGGCUUCCUGUGUGGGAUAAGCUACGGGCUGAACAAGGUUUGAUGGCCUCUGGAAAAUCUGGUGGAAACUUCCCUGUUAUGCCUUCUCCAGCAGUUGGUGGUGGUUGGUCUCAAGCUCAGCUGAAUGUGACACCUGCUGGUGUUGCGGAAUCUUUUGAAGAAUACCGAGACUGCUUGGGUAUCAUAGCGGAUCAGCUGAUCAGUCUAUGCUGGUGUACUCACGUGUCAGGCAUGUUUGCCCGUGAGGCAGGCGCUUUACAAGAUGCCGGGGAUGACAUCGAUUCAUCAAGCUGCGGUUCAGAAGACGAGGAUGACAGAGAUGUUUAUGAAGAAGAACAAGCGAUCGAACAGGCCUUCAAUGCAGAAGGACUCAACACCAUGGGCACGUUUGCCUUCGCUUGCAAUUAUGCUCCGGGGUCGGCGGAUGAACGCCCUUUGACAACCCUGGCAACCAAUAUCCUUGGUGCUGCCCCUUCGACCAAGGAGAUGGCAUGCAUCAGACGUCUUUUCAGUGAGGCAUAUUCCACCAUUGCUGCAGAUAUUCGUUCCAAGGUCGAAGCCUCAGACGAGGCUGCUGUGAAGAAGCUUGCACCAGCUGAGCGUUCUCAAAGGUUGUAUGAACAGCAACAAAGAUAUCAGAGGCAAUUUCGAGCCUGGCGCGGACUUGCGCUUGACCAGGCCAACAUCAUGUGCUACAAGAAGCAUGAGCGCCUUGCAGAGAAGUUGAUUAAUGCUCGUAUGGAAGAGGCCCCAUCUGGUUGUGCGCGUUUGACGCUGAAGCAGGUCGAGUUGGCUGACAAAAAGUUUUGGACGCUGAUGGCAGAAAAGACUAGAGAGGGGAUAAAGGCAGGGGCAGCUGGACGACCUUGUGACGUUCAUUUUGAUGCAUGUUUUGACAGUCCAGAGUUUUUGAACCUGCUCCAACAUCGUCUUGCUCCAGCAGCGUCUUCUCAUUCUCCCACGAAGCCGAAGAGCGAUGAGCCCAGGCCUAAGAAACCGAGGCCUGACCCAGCUUCCCAGAAGGGUGGCUCCAAAGGCACCUUCAUGCGGUUGCCCAGUGAGUUGCUGUCCUUGGGAUGUGUUAUCCUGCAAUACCAUUUCACUGCGAAGAACAGUGCCAUUGGUGUACUUGCACUUGUGUGCGAACUUCUACAACUCACAGGCGUCACCAGUGCCGCCUACAUUUGGGUUUCUAGUUUUUCUGAAGGUGCAGAUUGGGCUGAACGGGAUGACCUGGACCUUUUUGCUGAGCAUGGAUGGGACUCCAAUGAGGCAGCAGGAGCUUGUGCGGCUGGGUCUCAGCAGGGUUUGGAAGACAGUGGCCAAGGUUCACAACUUGGCCAUGAAUUUUCACCUGCAGAGCUGGCAAGGAAGAGGCGGGCUGCUGACAUGGAGCUGGAAAAGGGCGCAGGCCCUGAUAAGAACCUUUUCUUCAACAUGUUGAAACUGCAGCGCACUGGGGUCCCACAGAUGCCUUGGACUAAAGGUUUGGUUGCAGAUGUUUUCAAGAAAGGGCCUUGCAAGCUGCCCAUGCCAUGGUUGUCAAUGCCGCUUGUGGGGAAACAGGAAAGCUUGCAAGGCCUUGUGCCAUCUUCGGAGCCCCCGGAGAGGAUGGCUACCAGGACACCGUUUCAUCAGAGGCGUUUGCUGUCGGUGAGGUUGGCCCAAACAGAUGACCAACUGCGUGCAAAAGCUUUGCGGAGGCUCAGGGGUUUGAUCCUUGCAGUGCCAUCGCAUACACAGCUGGGUAGGGCGCUUCUGGACACUGCUGGACAGCUGACAGGUGAGGACAUGAUUUCCUGUGUUUUUGCCGAUGCUUUUAGGAGUAGGGCUACUGCAACACUGGUUAAGCGAUCAUUGGACUACUACAAACUGGCUCUUUGGAUGCGUCAAUGCCUGGGUUUGCAACCGAUGCAGCUUACUGAAAGUGUUGUGUACCAGUACUUGAGUUUCUUGAGGGAGACAGGUGCCGCACCAACCUUAGCUGAUGCAACUGUCAAAGCAAUUUGGUUCAUGCAUUCGACUGCCACCAUUGCUGAUUUCAAUCCAAAGGUUUUCACAUCACGCAUCACUGGAGUUUGCAGGGACAUGUACUUGAGGAAAAGGAUUUUGAGGCAGGCGCCACCUUUUCCAGCAGACGUGGUCAGGGCCUUGGAAGUGUAUGCGUUACAGGCAGAGAGUAAGAUUGACUCCAUGUUUACAAAUUUCAUUUUGUUUUGCAUCUUCUCAAGUUGCCGCAUUGGAGAUGCUGCAAAGAUCAGGGAGGUUGAAUUCUCACGAUGCCAUGACAUCUUCCUGGUGGAAGCAGCGACCUCAGAAGCAAAGAACACGAACACCAUGGAGAGGCGUAGGAUGCUGCUGCCUUUCACAGCCAUUGGUUGGGGCCUUCAUCUGAAUCCAUGGUGUAUCAAAUGGGAAAUGCAGUUGAAAGCAUUGCAACCGGAGACAAUCAUGCCGGCUUAUUCAGAAGUUUCAGGGCAGUUUUUGAAGCGGCGCAUCACCACUGCAGAAGCCAAUUUUUGGCUUAGGGAGGUGCUGGUGCGUUCUGGCCUUGCUCCAGCACAAGCUGCAAAGUACAGCACACACAGCUGCAAGGCAACCAUUCCUACAUGGGCUGGUAAGUUUGGUGGUUUCUCCAUGGAUGAACGGCGCAUGUUGACGCACCACAUGGAUGCCAGUGCUGUGAUGCCUUUGUCGUAUUCAAGAGACAAUUUGACAGCUUUGCAUUCCAGAGUUUUCAGGAUGUUGACCGCCAUUCGCAAUUUUGAAUUUGACCCUGAUUCAUCAAAUGCUGCCCGCAUCUAUCAGGACAACAAGCACCUCCUGGACGAGCCGGCACAGCCCCCUCAGCAGCCAGGUGAUUGGGCAGAGUCAGAAUCAGAUGUUUCAGAUGAGGAGAGUUUUUCAGAAGGUUGCAGGUUUGUGGAUGCCCAGCCAGUGCCAGCCGAUUCAGUGACUGGACAGAAACUGCUGCACAAGGAUUCCUUGGUAGUCCAUGUGAAACGUGACAACAAGACCCUUUGGUGUGGCCGCAAGAUGUCUCCAAAUUACCGCAAUUGGCAAGAGGGCGACCCUGACUUCGCUCAGCUGGUGAUUUGCCAGCAGUGUGACAAAGCUCAGCCGUGCAAGGUCAGUUUGAGCUUCUUGUGUGCCCGCAAUUUCCACUGCAUCAAGUUUGAGGCGGCACUCGCGAGGAUUGAACGAACUUCGGAGGACAAGCCGAGGACCAUGCCACUUGCAGAGCGCAUGGCGAGAAUAGAGCGCCAAAAAGGCGACUUGGUGGGCGUCACAUGGACGGCAGAGCUGGAGCCGUCUCACAAGUUGGUAGAUAAAAUAGUGGCUAUGCAGGAUGAUGGGGCGCUGCUGUUCAUCCCACCACAUGCUUGUGUCAGCCGGGUGCAAGAGAUCCAUCAGGAGAAACACGAGGUUGCCUUGACCUUCGACUCCGCAGGCAACAUCCGUAUGGGCAAGAAAGCAGAAGAGUUGAAGUGUGAUACAAAUGGUGAUUUGAAUCUGAGAAAUGCCUGGACCAGAAGAAAUCUUGCCUACGAUCAGGCGGGUCUGGCCAGUUUUGUGGUCUUGGAGAAGUGGACAACAAAGCUGAUGCUGUCAAAACUCAAGGAACCGCCUUCUGGGUAUCGCUACAUUACAACACAGCAGAUCUGCGAAUGUGACAAGGAGAUGUGGCUGCAGCUUUCCCAGUUGUCUCGUGGGAAGCUCCAGCCAACAGCGCCAGAUGUGCGGCCCUUGGAUGACCUCAUUGAAAGGCUCACAACAUCACCGGAGAUUUUGUGCUUCUUGACACCCCUGCAAGGGGGCAAGCGUGAUGCAGGUGACCAUACAGAUGCAGCUGGGCCCAAAAAGCCCAAGCCUGGGCCAAGUGCACCGGCCGCUCCUUCCAAGCCGACGCCAAAAGCAGCAGAGCAAACCACAGGGUGCCAAGUUUUUGCGGUGGAUCACCAAGCAAACCGUUUCACGCCAAAGGUGCCCACUUUCACCAUAGACCUGAGCCUUGAGGACGAAGUCACAGUGGCAAAUCAGAUGUUAGAAUUCGUAAAACCAGAUGCAGUCCAUUUUGGACUCAUGUGUGGCACAUGCAGUCGAGCCAGGGAACACCAGGUUUCCAAAGAGCUGCAACGGCAGGGGGCCCCAACACCUCGACCCCUCCGUGAUGAAUCCAAUUUGUUUGGGCGCCCGGGGCUGUCGCCUGCCGACAAAUUCAAGGUGGACAAGGCCAACACCAUUUACAGGCAUGCAUUGACACUUUUGGUAACAUGCUACAUGCUGCAAUGCAUUGUUUCGAUAGAAAACCCUGCACGUAGCUGGCUAUGGCCCCUCUUGGCCCCCCUGGUCAAGCAGACGGCCAACGAGGGAUUCAUCAACUGGUAUUUUUCGCUGGAAGCUACAAUGUUUGAUGCAUGCAUGCAUGGCUCCUUGAGGAACAAAAGCACCACCAUUUUGGGCACCCCUGGCGUUUUCAAUUCUUUAGCAGUGCGUUGCGACAGGUCUCAUAGCCAUGAACCUUGGUCGGCUAAGAAACUGGAAGAUCACAGAUGGAUCUUUGAUACAGCUGCUGAAGCGGAAUACCCAGCGGUGCUUGCUAGGCGUUUGGCGGCCUGCAUUCUGCAAAAACUGGAAGCAGGACCAACCUUUUUAAACCUCAAGCAGCUGCGCUUGGACAGUCUCCAAGCUCAAGGAAGACAGCAUCGGGCCCUUCAACAACUGGUGCCCGAUUUCGAAGCUUUUCUUUGGCGAUCUCCUUCGAUCCCACUGGCCAAAAACGAAAAGCCCCUGCCACCAAAAACAGCGGGGGAGGAACUCGAGGUGGCUGAUGAAGACCCUGCGCAUGAGGGUGCGGUCAAAGUAGGUGUUUGGAUGGAGCCAGAGGCCCACAUUGCAAGGGCGCUGCAGCUUUGGCACCCAAUGGAUUCAACUAUUGUUUUGCCGGACUCCCUGAUGAAAGCCUUAUUUGCCAUGGUCACCAAGGAGCCUGCAGCGAUAGCUAGAGAAAGGUUAGAAAUGCUGAAGCUCUACAGAGAUAGAGCGGCCAACUUGCAAGCAGCCGAAGCUGACCUGCACAAAAAGUUGCCAGCGCAUGUUCAGGGGGUUGUUAAGGGGAAACGCCUUUUGCUUUUUGAAGAACGUCUGAGAGCGAACUCCUUUUCUGACUUGCAGGUCAUGCACGACUUUUUGGAAGGUGUUGAUUUGGUAGGAGAAGAGCCGAUGUCGGCACUUUACAAAGAAAAGCUACAGCCAGCCACCAUGACUGUUGAGCAACUGAAUAUGUCAGCACCACUCCACAGAAAGCUUGUGAUAGGCCGACCCCUUGCAGACCAUGAAAAGGAACAUGCAGAUAGGUUAGUGGAGCUAUCCCAAGAGGAGGUGGAGGAAUCAUUCCUCCGUGGCCCUUUCUUUUCUGAAGACGAAGUUUCGGCGGAGCUGGGAACGCAAAACUGGACCCUGACCAAGCGCUUUUUGUUAGUUCAGGGCGAUGACGGGAAAGAACGCAUAAUUGAUGAUUACAGGAGAAGCCAUGUAAAUGCAGCCUUUGCUUCCCGGUCCUACUUGGAGUUGCAGGAUGUGGAUGUUUUGGCAGCCCUUAUAACCCUCUUAAUGCACUUGCUGAAAGGAGGCCACGAUGUUUCCCUCCCGCUUUCAGAUGGUACGGUCUUGAAGGGAAAGCUCUCCCGAGCAGCCAUGUCAGGGGAAGCCAUUCUAGGCAGGUGUUUUGAUUUGUCAAAGGCCUAUAAACAACUUGCAGUAAGCACGGCCAGCCUUCGGUAUUCCGUUUUGGGUGCACGGAACAGCAGUGGCAGGUGGUUCUACUACAUUGGGCAGUCCUUGCCUUUUGGUUCAACAGCAAGUGUUUACAGUUUCAACAAGAUGGCCCGGGCACUUCAAUUCCUGCUCUGGGAAGACUUUGGGGUGGUAACCACCAACUUUUAUGACGAUUACCCAACACUGGAGUUUGCUGGUGCCGCGGAAAAUACCACGCAGGUGGUGUCAGGUUUCUUUCAAUUGCUUGGCUGGAGGCAUGCUGUAACGGGCAAGAAGGCCAAACCUUUUGCUUCGACCUUUGCGGCUCUGGGGGUGGAAUACAAUCUGGCCAACCUCCAUAGCUCUUUCUUUACAGUGGGCAACAAACCUGAACGCCUCCAGCGCAUUGGGCGCCUGAUUCAGCAAGUUGCCCAGGAGAAAGCAGUAACCAGUUCCACAGCAGCUUCCCUACAUGGGCUUCUGAAUUUUGCGUCUGGCUUUGCGCUGGGCAAAGCACUACAACCAGCGGCUCAAGGCUUUUCUUCUCUGGCAAUGGGUGCCAAUCUCCCUCCGCGAGUGCUAGCAGAUUUAUGCCAGCAUGCCCUAACAGUUCUUAGAUCACUCCAACCUCGCAAGGUGGCAACCUCGGAUGAGCCUCACCCCAUAAUCAUCUACACGGAUGGUGCAUUUGGAGAAGACCUUGCGGAUUGGGGGGCAAUCGUGUUGGACACUGCCACCAAUACAAGAGAAUGUUUUGCGGGACGAGUCCCCGCUUUUCUGCUGGAAGCAUGGCGUGGAUUGGUUGGUGAGAGGCAAGCCGAACAAGCCUGUCGAAGGUGGAACCUGAAAUUGGGUGGAGAUAUCAGCUUGCCGUCUGAGCUCUAUACCUCCAUCAUUGACGGAGAUUUUUCUCAAUGCAAUGCUGAUGAUGCCUUGCCUCCGCCUUCAGCUAAUGCGCGGCUGCAGUCGGGGGAACAGCCUUCUAAGAAGGCCAGGUCAUCUGAAUCUCACGUUGAUGCACGACGCAAGAAAAGUAUGCCUUCUCAAGUUUUUGCGGACAUGGAUGCCUCCCCAAAAGGGGUUCACAGUUUUUCUCCAAUGGAAAAGCAGAUGAUUUUCAUCGAGUUGUGCGCUGGCAGUGCCGUUCUCAGUGCAGCAGCUCAGAAGCAUGGUUACCGUGUGAUGCCGGUUGAUUUCAAACGAAACAGACACCGACCCAGAUGCAAAAUAGUGUCACUGGAUUUGUCAGAAGACCAUGCUUGGGAUGUUUUGCAAUAUGUCAUUGAAACAUGCGAUGUUGUGGCAGUGCAUUUGGCACCGCCAUGUGGCACAUGCAGCAAGGCCAGGGGAAUCCCAAUGCCGGACGGGUCCCCUGGCCCACAGCCGGUUCGGAGCCAAGAAUUUCCCUUAGGCCUUCCGGAUAUUUCUGAACUGGACAAGUUGAAAGUUGAUGCAGCAAAUCGUUUGUAUGAAAGAAUGGGAAAAUUUGUGAAAUUUUUGGAUGAAAGGGGAAUUGCUUGGGUGAUUGAAAACCCAACCAACAGUUUGUUGUGGGAGCUGGAAUACUUUGCAUAUGCAGUUGAACAUGGAACGUUUGCACACUGUCAUGCUUGCGCUUUUGUGGGUGCCAGACCGAAGAAGACUUCCUUUCUUAGCAAUAAGAGCAGUAUUUCCUUGAUGCAACGUUUUUGCGAAGAUGUCGAACCGCAUGUGCAUGAACCUUGGGGUUACAAUCCUGAACAAGGCUUUGCAACAGCAAUGGAAGCCCAGUACCCCAAUGGCAUGUGCGAGCAACUUGUACGUGUUUUUGAUGAAAUUUGUUUGGAAAAAGGAGUCAGAGUGCAGCCUGCUGACUACAAACCUCCGCGUGUCGACAAGGAACCACGUGGCAGGGCCACUCCACAGCUGAUUCCGGAAUAUGAGAAAGUUUGCAGUGUUUUGUUAGAUGCAUUGCCAUCGACAGAUGCAAAGCGUUGUUUGUGCGAGCCUUGCAAGCAUGUUCCAGCAGGUAGCCGCCUGCUGCGUACCGAGAAGAAGGGAGAGAAGCUUUUGUGUGUUUUUGGAAUUUUUCACUCAUGCGAAACCUUUGUCGCCUUGGCCAAGACGUUGUGGCACCCCUUUGACACAGUCAAAGCUGUGCUCGGUGCCAAGCGUUUGCUUCUAAUGGAAAGGGUUGCAAAAAGUAUCAACUGGCCAGACACCACACUGUUUCAGGAGAUGGCCCAAGGUUUUCGUUUGGUGGGACAGGCGACGAAAUCAAAUGUUUUUCAAUCUGGUAUCAAAGCGGCUUCAAUGAGUGAAGAACAAUUGAAGAAGGAUGCUAAGUUUUUGAAGCCAGCGUUGCUUGGAAAGAUACGAGCGAGCCGUGGAGAUGCCCACAGCAAGGAACUUUACGAGCUCACUGAAAGCGAAGCCCUUGAUAAGGGUUGGCUGUCUGGCCCUUACACUGCGCUUGAGAUGGACGAGCGUUUUUCUGGGCGAUGGCUUCCUGUCAGGCGUUUUGCAGUCAUCCAAAAGGAAAAGCUGAGGCCCAUUGACGACCUGAAGGAAAACCGAGUGAACGAGACUUUCUCGAUGUGCGAUGCUUCGAGUGUUACGCUCCCAUUUGGAGCUUCAGCAAGCGUUCACAACUUCUUGAGGGUGAGUGCAUUCCUGCAGGCCGCAGGGUGUGCCUUGGGGCUCUUGUGGACCAGUUAUUUUGACGAUUUCCCUAUGGUAUCUCAUGCAAUGCAUACCACCUCUACGUUGGCUUGUGCCAAAGGUCUCAUGUCUCUGUUUGGUUUCGUUUACUCGGAGGAGAAGCUGGCUCCCUUCGAUUACACUGCUGAAAUCCUUGGAGUCGUUGUUGACUUGAGCAAAGCGUCGCAGAGAAAGAUUUCAAUCUCCAACAAACCUUCCAGGGUGGAGGAAUUGAACCUUGCUUUGGGAGAUAUCCUUAAGUCUGGCGUGGUGGUGCCUAACCAGCUACCUUCUGUUUUGGGAAAACUUCAAUACGCAGACUCCCACGUGUGGGGGCGAGCUGGCAAGCUGGCCUUGGCUGACUUGAGAGAGCUUGGGAAUACUGCACCUACGGCCGUACGUUUGGGUGGCACUCAGAUUAAGGCAUUCGAGAUUCUUCAAGAAAGGUUAUGCGGAGGAAAACCGAAAUCUUUCAUCGCUGAUGACAUGGAGAAACCUGUACUGCUUUUUACAGAUGGUGCCCUUGAGUACGACACUGGAGAACCUCAUGCAACGAUAGGUGCAGUUUGUCUUUUUCCUGAUGGGAGCUCUGAAGUUUUCGGCAGUGAAGUUCCAAGCGCAGUCUUGGACGUUUGGAGACAGGGUGGGAAGUCCCACGUUAUUGGAUUGGUUGAACUCUAUGCUUGCGUGGUGGCCUUGCGUCAUUGGAAGAAAAGAGUAUCUUCCAGGAGGGUCAUCAUGUUUGUGGACAACUGGCCUGCAUUGGACGUGCUCGCCAAAGGGACGUCAUUGCAGGAAGACUGGCGCAAACUCUUGCUUUUGUUGGAAGACCCAGCCGAAGACACUUUUCUUCUUUGGGUGGCGAGAGUUCCGUCGAGUUCCAAUGUUGCUGACUUUCCGAGCAGGGGUUCUGUUUUGGAGUUGGCCUUCCUAAGGAAGAAGACCUUGAUGCCGUUUAAGUCAGGCGAUUCUUUGAGCGCAGGAGAGCAAUCUGUCAGUGCCAGUGCCUCGGAUGCUGCACCAUCUGAAAGAGCUGAAGGCUCAAUUGCAAGUGUUGGCAAUCUUUUUGGAAGUCCUGGUUCUGGGUUGCCUUUGCAGUUUGGACAUUUUUCAGAUGAGCGUCAUGAGGAUGUUGCGCAACAGCUGUCAAAACAUGAUGACACUGGGACCAUGGACGCCACAAUAUCGAAACAGCAGUUUGACAAUUUUCUUGGACAUGCGUUUUUGAGAGUUGCCCAAGCCCAUGAAAUUCAGUUGCCAUGGGAGAAAGGAAUUUUCAAGCAGAUUUUUGGAGAAGAUCAUCAGCCACCUUCUUUGACAUUGCCUUGGUUUCCUAGGAUGGUGAUGCCAGAAGAGUCACCUGAGGCCACAGUGCAGGAGUUGGCAUCAGCGGCAACAAGGCCUUUUGGUGAUGACAGCUCAGUUUAUGCGCGUGCAAUUUCAUGCAUUUCAGAUUCUGAUUUCAAAUCGCAACAGAGCAAACUGCGGUUGAGUGCAUGCAACAAGUGGCUGUCAAUCUUGAUGGUUUGCUUACAAGAAAGUGAUGUGGGACGCAACAUUGCUGCCUUGGGAAACCUUGAUGACCAUCGGGCUGAAGCUUUGGAAAUUUGGGAAGCAGUCAUAGGCGUGAGGUCUUACCACACUGCAAUUUGCAGGGCCAAUGCAGUCCUGCGGUUUUUGAGGGUGACUCUGGAGGUGACGCCGAAGGAGCAGAUGCCUUUUUCGGAGGAACUGGUAUGGAGGUACUUUCACCAUUUGAAAACCUCCGGAGGAGCCACAUCAGCUGCUUCCAUGUUGUCGGCUGUGAGGUAUGCAAAGUUUGUCAUGGGUUUUGAGUGCAUGGACGCAAUUCUGAACAGCAAACGUCUGAAAGGGUACAGCGAUAUCAUGUUUGCUUCGAAGAGAAAACUUCAGCACGCUCAGAUUUUGACCGUGCAACAAGUGAAGUCUUUGCAUCAAGUUUUGGAAGAUCCAAACGCUGACAAUUUUGACAGGGCUGCAGCGGGUUUCAUGCUUACAGCAGUUUAUGGAAGAUGUCGGGUAUCGGAUCUGUCUUUCCUGGAUUCCAUUCAGCAUGAUCACAACCACCAAGAUGGGUUCGUUGAACUUUUCACUACAGUUCACAAGACCGGCAGAAGCGCUGCAAAGAAGGCGACUCUGUUGCCCAUCUUGUGCCCGGCAUUUGGGGUGACAGACACCAACUGGGCGGCCUUGGCAAUUCAGGUCUUUGAGCAGAUUGGCCUGACUUUCAAUGGUGCAGUCAAUGGCCCUCUGCUUUGCCCACCCAGCCAUGAAGGACCCUAUUUGUGCAAGCGCUUUGUAACGUCUGGUGAGGUGGGAAAGCUUCUCAGAGGUUUGAUUGGUCUGGACAUUGAGGUACCAGAUUUCAAUGUGGCUCAUGUGAGUUCACACUCAUUGAAGUCAACGGGAUUGUCAUGGGCUGCCCGUUACGGAAUGACAUGGCCAGAUCGCGCUGUGCUCGGCAAACAUCAGUCGCUCACGAGUGAAACAGUUGCUGUGUAUUCUCGUGACCUGGCCAUUGGUCCGGUAUCAAGGUUUGCUGAAGUUGUGAAAGCAAUCCAUCAGGGGGCCUUCAGACCUGAUGCAGAGAGGAGCUGUUUCUUUCCUUUUCCUCCUGAGCCUCCUUCAAGUUUCGUGGACAAGGCUACACCGUUUGGUGCUGACAGUUUGGCCAGUGCAGGUGCUGCGUUGGAUGAGGAUUGCAAAGAUGAGAUCAACGAGGGCCUGGUUCAACAGAAUGAGGUGAUUGACAUCACUUCCGACAGUGAGUCCUCUGCCAGCGAGAGCGGUGAUUCUUGCAUCGCCUCAGAGGAUAGUGAAGCUGUGGAGGUGUCUCCAAAGAGGUCAAGGCCACGCUUGGAGCACGUGGUGCAUCAAGAUGCAUCAUGGGUGGCCCAUAAGAAGUCUGGCUUGCUUCAUUUUUGCUGGACAGAGCCCUCAGGAGGAGAUCCUGAUCGGAAGAUGACUGCGUGUGGAAGGACGGUCUCCAAGAAUUUGCUGCCAUGGAUUCCUCCACAGACGGGAAUGCAAUUUGCGUUAUCUGCAACCGUCGGCAGGAUUAGAAAAGGUGCGGCAGGGCCGUCAGUUGUCUCGUGA